AUGUCCUCGGAAGAGUCGGCAUCCGAAGACGAGUUAGAUGCCGAGGAUCCAUCGGAAGAGUCCGAUUCGGAARAAGAGGGGARCAAAAGAAAGAAAAGGGACUUCUUUCUUUUGAAACCUCUCCCAUGGAGAAGCGAGGAGGUCACUAAACUGAUGAAAGUUUUGGACAAAAAGUCAAAGAGGAGGAAAUCUCAAAAAAUUCCAACCAACUCGCCCGUCAUUGGUCGUUAUAAUAUCGCUCAGAUCAGGAUCUUGAAGAACGAUAAUGCAAGCGGCGUGUUCCAGCUGUCUGCUAGUAAUGUCGAUGUUACAGAACCUUACGCAGGUGCAAUUGUGAAUGUUACAAGAACAGCGGGACACUUCGGUGAAGUGUCUGUUUACUUCGAAGUCAUUCCAAACUCAGCUUCCACGUCAGACUAUAAUAUCCUGUACAAGAACAUCACCUUCCAAGACGGACAAAGAAGUGCCUCAGUACCAAUACAAAUAGUGGAUGACGAUACCCCGGAAUACGAUGAAAUGUUCACUAUUAGGCUCCUGUCAUCUGAUGAGGAUGCGUUGCUUGGAAGUCCUCUGGAAUGUCUUGUAACCAUCGCUGCCAACGACUACCCUUAUGGUCUAAUAGAGUUUAAAAGUAGCUCGCGCAGUGUCACAACUGAAGAACCUUCAACCGGCUCAAACAAAACUGUCAGUCUUGAAAUUGAGCGUACAUUUGGUACUGAUGGGGCAGCUGAGAUUUAUUGGGAAGCCGUGGCACUGAACGGAGCCCGACCAUCCAGUGACGUCACACCGGUCAGUGGAAACCUUUUGUUUCCACCUGGGUCAUCAGAAAGAGUGAAGACAUUACAUUUUGAUAUAUUAUCUGACGAUAUCCCGGAAAUUGAUGAGGUUAUACAAAUUCACCUGAUGAACGUGACAAGKGGUAAAGCAAAGAUCAAUCCCCAGUCACGUGUUGCUAAUAUAACAAUAUCAGCCAAUGACGAACCACAUGGCGUCAUACAUCUCGCUCGCAAGGCGUACGACGUAAUAGAAGGAAACCACAAGAAGACAAUGACUGUGCAUCUUGCAGUGAAGAGAGAUUACGGUACCUUCGGUGAUGUUCGUUUAUAUUACAGCACUGUGGCACUACCCAACAGCUCUAUCCCUGAUGAAGACUACAAAGCUGAAUCCAACGCCUCAAUAAUCAUUCCUAACGGCAACUCAACGGCUGACAUACCAAUCAAAUUACUAAACGACACAAUUCCUGAACUCAAUGAGAUGUUUCAAGUAAUUCUGGAAAGGGUUGAAAUGGUGGACAUGACUCCUGCUCUUCCACCCCGACUUGCUGAGCCAAGGGAAGCUAAUGUGACAAUCUUGUCAAACGACGAUGCAAAUGGUCGUUUUGUCAUAGUGGCUAGAUCACCUGCUGCUGGUACGGAAGGAUCAAGGGAGACAUUGAAGGAACAGAAUGCUAGUGUGACGUUCAUCGUCAAAAGGCUUGGAGGCACAAUUGGUAAAGUGAAUGUUGAGUGGAAAAUAUCUUCUACAAGUAAUGCAACCAAGGGAACCGAUUACAACGGCGACGGGGCCACAUUUACAUUUCAACCCGGCGACACCGAAAAAACAGCAACUAUCGAAAUAUUAGACGACAAUAAACCAGAACCAGACGAAGCGAUUGUUAUUGUGCUGGUCAAUCCUACUAACGGCGCUAAAGUGACGAGCGGUCAUGGAAACAACUUGACAAUAGUCAUCAGUGCCAAUGAUGUGGUGGCUGGUAAGGUUGGAUUCAACAGAGAGGCUCAGUCAGUGGUUGCUAAGGAAGGAACUAAUGUGUCACUUUUGGUGGAGAGGUCAAGCCCCGCUGCAGGCCGGGUUACUGUGUCGUGGGUUAUCAGUGGUGGAAAUGUGUCACGUGACUUUGAUCCUUUUAGUGGUGACCUGACUUUUUCCCAGUAUCAAACAGCAGCAAACAUUACUUUCCAAGUGACGGCAGAUGCCAAGCCCGAACCAAACGAGGUUUUCACUGUCGAAUUAACAAGUAUUAAGACAUAUGAGAUAGCAGAUUCUGGAGCAGCCAUCCUGAACCCAGACCAGACGACAGCAACCAUCUCCAUACAGGCCAGUGACGAGCCACAUGGAGUGGUAGAGUUCAAACUAAGCUCUCGAAUAUUGCGAACCGAUGAAGACAACAAUGUGACUCUCAUUGUGACAAGGCUGUUCGGUACAAUUGGUUCGAUCCGAGUAUACUAUCAAAUCCAAAAUGCCAGCACCGCGGACAUUACGGCAGACCAGCAACUAGCUGUAUCAGGCGUUGACUUUACUGCAACUAAUAGCUUUAUCGAUAUAGUGAAUGGGCAAAGUAUGGGUAAAAUCCCAGUGCAUAUCAUCAAUGAAAACCAGCCAGAACUUGAUGAAGUGUUUAUUGUGAAUAUUACUGGGGUUAAGCUGUUGGAAAAUCCUCAUAAUACUAGUGGUGGUGUUCCUCGUGUUGGUCAGUACAGAACAGCUCUUGUGGUCAUCAAUAGUAAUGAUAAUCCAAACGGGGUGCUUGGCUUUAGCAAGACAAGUUAUUACGUCAAUGAAAGUACUGGAGCAUUUGACGUCAUUGUCGAACGAACCCAAGGAAGCCUGGGAAACAUCAGUGUCGAAUAUUACGUUGAAAACAGCAAAACAGCCGAGAGAAAUACAGACUUCUAUAUCCCAGCAUACACUCCGCCACGUAGCAUUCUAAAAUUCUACGAUCGCCAACGAGAACAAAACAUCACUAUUUAUACGAUAGAAAAUUCCAAACCAGAGGAUAACAAGUGCUUUACAGUCAACUUGAAGAAGGUUGACAGCCCAUUACGAUAUGGCUACGAAAAGACAAAAGUUUGCAUUAGGCACAGCGAUGACGCUCGAGGUGUUUUCAGUUUUGAAACAAUAGAGAAAACGAUAUCUGAGCCUGGUAAUGGAGCAACGACAAGUGCUACUUUUAAGGUUGUCCGUAAGGUUGCCACCUUUGGGACUGUUAUGGUUGGUUGGCGGGUGGUUAAUAGUUCAGCAUCACUGGAUGUUAGCCCUGUUAAUGGUACAAUGGAGUUCAAGGAGAAAAUAGAUGAAAAAGAGUUUACCAUCAAUAGUCUGCUGGAUUCCCAUCCUGAGAAGGACGAAGUCUUUGUCAUUGAAUUGUCGAUUGUGUCCGGUGAUGGUGGACGGGUCAAGUCACCCUAUCAAGCUUUUCUAACAGUAUCUGAGAAUGACUACCCUUACGGUGAACUAGAGAUAACGUCCGUCUCUUCAUCUGCAAGUACUGUCAAUGUCGAAGAGUUUACAAAGAUUGUAAAAGCUAAAGUCUCGCGUAAAAAGGGAAACUUUGGUCGCAUCACAGUCGAUUACCAAACAGUACCAAACACUGCUCUAUCUACUUCGGGUGAUGUGGUGCACUUUGAGACCAUACAGGGCCUCAAAACCACAGGUGCUAUAAGCUGGUACAGUUUUAGUGCCUAUGGUGUCGAUUUUCUGGUGCUUACAAAUAACAGCAGUGGUGAUGUGAAUGGCUUUUCUGGGUCAGCGUUGUAUCGUUGGCAGGGUGUCUACACGAAACUCCAGUCAAUACCAAGUGAUGGUGCAGUUAAUUGCGAUUCAUUCACCUAUAACGGUUCAACGUAUCUAGCCGUUGCAAACUACGGAGAAGAAGGACGAACCGAGACAAAGUCGAGUGUGUAUCGAUUAGAUAGAGAUUACCACGUCACACUUGUACAAAACAUAUCAACCCAGGGCGCUUCUGACGUGAAGUUUUUCAGCAACAACCAUCAGUUGUAUCUUGUUAUUGCAAACCAAAAGAAUAAUGCUGGAGAAACAAAGCUGGAUUCAAAGGUGUACAAUUUGCAAGACGGAAUCUUCAAAUACCAUUCCAAUCUUGUUGAGCAAACCCGUAAAGCAUCUGGUCUUGCUGUUUUUACCAUCAAUGGAAUCCAAAUGUUAGCUGUCUCUAACUUCUAUGACAGUGUUGGCAACACCUUCGACACCGAUUCCCUCGUCUUCACAUGGAACGGCAAUCAGUUCGCGUUGAAACAGGAGAUUUCUACUAAGGGACCAAUAGAUGUUGAGUAUUUUGAACAAGGUGGGGAGCAUUUCUUGGUGUUCGCGAACACUAAGGGAGACGUUGCAGUCCAUAAAUGGUCGACAAGUGGUAGCUUCACGUCAAUGCAGAGCAUCCCAACCGUGGAAGUGAAGUCUGCUAAGACGUACAGCUACAACGGCAAAGCUUGUUUGUCUAUAUUGGAUGGAACUGACCAACUGAAGAUCUAUUCAUGGGAUUCUCCAGCGAAUUCAUUCGUCUUACAACUGAACGUCACAUUACCGGGUGCGUCCAGUGUACAACCUGUAAUCAUCAAUGACCCAUUCGCUGGUGAGUUACAGAUGCUAGUUACUGCAGCCAGUGGUAUUGCCGUCUCUCGUGUCCUUGUUCCCGUGAAACUAUCACCACAGGCUGACUUCAUACCAAGGAAAGGACAACUAACCUUCGAGAAUGGGCAAACAGACCUUGAACUUGACUUUUCCAUCCUUCAAGACACGACACCCGAAAAAGACGAAACAUUUUCCAUCCUUCUGAGUAAUGCAUCAGGAAAGGCUGUGGUUGGUCCAAACAAACAAUUGACUGUCACGAUAUUAUCCAAUGACAACGCUCAUGGCAGAGUGGGAUUUAGUGAUGCGUCGCUGAAGAAAAUCCAACCUGAGUUAAAACAAGACACUCUAGUCUCUUUUGAAGUUGUUAGGGAAGUCGGACAAUUUGGUCGUGUGGUGGUAUUAUGGAAUGUAACGGGUAACUUCAGCCCUGGUGAGGUUACUCCUGUAACGGGAGCUCUUGUGUUUGCGAAUGGAGAAAAGACACGAAACAUAUCUUUGACAGUACACCAAGACGAUGUACCCGAGCUGGACGAACAAGUUCAAAUCAGACUCAUUGGACUGAAUGAGACAGGAUCCUCCGAACCAGGCCGUGGAGCUCUCAUCAACACAGCACGUGCCUUAGCAACGCUAAUAAUCCCUGGCAACGAUGAACCCCAUGGUGUCAUAGGCUGGUCAAGUAUCUUGUAUCUGUCACAGGAAGCCAAACCAACCAAUAAGAGUAUUACUUUGACGAUCACGAGGCAAGGAGGGCUGAUAGGAGGCGUGGUUGUGUCGUACCAGCCGGUGCAGCCGCUAGGAGGGUUGCAUGGCAACGAGCAAGCGGCUGUUGCCGGAGUCGACUUCAUAGCGCAACAUGACACGAUUGAUAUCCCUGAUGGAGUCAACUCGACCCAUAUCACCUUCGAGAUUCUCCAUAGAAACCAUUCUUCGCAAAACAAGCUAUUUUAUGUCAACAUUACAGCAGUCACUCUAGCUCCAGGCUCUCCAACAACUCCACUAGUUACCAACUCUCCUCGGGUCGACUUUCAAACAAGGCUACUUGAGGUUGUGAUAUCAAAGAUCAAUGAAUCCCUGGGUGAACUGAACUUGAAUGUGUCUGACUCUCAAAUUGAAACCUCAGAAGGGUCGACGGUGAUGCUUGAGGUCUUACGUACAGGAAGUGCAGCUGGGGAAGUAGGGUUAUAUUAUACGGUCAGACCACGUACUAUUGGAUCAAUAUCGUCUGCAAGUAGUUCGGACUUCCAUCCAACAGAUGGAAGAGUCUACUUUAGGGAUGGGGAAACAUCUAAAAUCAUCAAUAUUACAGUGGUUGACGAUGGGAUACCUGAAGUGGAAGAGGCUUUUUAUGUGUCAAUAGAACGACCAAUCAAUGGAGUUAAGAUUGGAUCCAAGAGUAGAGUUGAUGUAGUGAUCAAAGCUAACGAUAAUCCUUACGGCGUAUUUGGGUUUACAGUGUCUAGAACUACUGUCGGUGAAGGUACGACGGCUCGCCUCGAGGUCCAGAGGCUUGGUGGUGCAUUCAGAGAAGUCCAUGUCAACUGGAGUAUGUCACCAAAUGCUGCGUCACAGAUCUCUCCAUAUAACGGCACAUUGACGUUCGAACAGGGUGACCGCACGAAGGAAAUCGUGUUGCUUGCAAUCAAUGAUUCUGUUCCUGAACCACCACAAAAAUACACAUGUAUCCUUGAAACAGUCAAUAAUGAUGCAAAAAUCAAUGCUUCCCACAAGACAGUAGUUGUACUUGUUCCUGCUAAUGACAAAGCUGAAGGAAUCAUCUCGAUUGACCCGUCAUCAAGAAACUUACUUGUAGGUGAACCAUCUGCUCGUUAUAAUGGAGUCUUCGAAAUAAGGAUUCUGCGCAGUGUUGGUCAGAUCGGUAAAGCUCCAGUAACAUGGCAAAUAACGACUCUUAAUGCAUCUAGCUCGUCACCAGAUGAUACAUUCAAUGCUACGAGUGGACAAGUGGAAUUUACCACGGGAGUGAAAAGCAUUUUAGUCGUGAUACAGGUUAAGCAAGAUUCCGUUUCAGAGGAAUUCGCAUCAUAUUUGUUUAAAAUCAAAAUCGAUAAUGGUGCCGACUUCGGUGGCCAGGAAACUCUCCAGUCAAUCAUCAAUGUUGCCGCUAGUGACGAUCCUUAUGGAGUGUUCAUAUUUAACCCUCCUCUCAUACGCAAUGUCUCUGAGCACGACCAUUACGUUAAUCUCACAGUCACGCGAAAACAAGGACGCUUUGGCCAUGUCGUUGUCAAUUUCACGGUGACGUCAUCUACAGCUACAGCUGGCAAGGACUACAAAGUAUCUAGUUACUCCAUCAAUUUUGCUGACAAAGAUGAGAAUAAACAAGUCUACAUUAAGAUUAAAAAUGACAGCGAACCAGAACUAGAAGAAGAGCUAUUGGUUCGACUCGAACACGUGACUCUUUUGCCAACUCGCCCCAUGAAUUAUAGCAUUUUUGGAGGCCUCAGACCAGAUCAACCACCGAGGAUUGGUACAAACAGAAGUGUGAAGAUCACCAUUGAAAAGAAUGAUAAAGCAAAUGGGGUCAUUCAGUUGACGGAAUCGACCAAAGAUGUUCGUGAAAAGGACAAACAGGUGGUGAUAGAAUUGGAACGUGUUGGUGGCGCCCUCGGGAGAGUCAUGGUCCACUUUAUCGUCCUCAACGGCACGGCUACUUUCGGCGAAGAUUACAACCAAUCAAAGGGCUCAGUUACGUUCGACGAAAACCAGACGACAGCCAACAUAACCAUUCCGAUCAUCGAUGACUCGAAACCUGAGCACCGUGAAACGUUUUCAGUUUUGUUGGAUUCAGUGUCAGGCGGAGCGGUCCUGGGCUCGAUACGUUCGAUUAACAUCAACAUCCUGACGAGCGAUAAUCCGUACGGUCUUGUGGGGUUUGUGAACAGUACUGAUCUUCGACUGCCUAAUCCUAAUACCACACGAACCCUGAAGUUUGGUGUAUCUAGAACAGAUGGUUCACAGGGAGCUAUAUCGGUUAAGUGGCAAGUAAUAAGUAUAGAACCGACAAGUGAACCUUUGUCUGAUGAUUUUACCAGCUCUAGUUUUGAUGGUCGUCUCAACUUUGCUGAUGGUGAAGGAUCCACCCAAUACUUGGAGCUCAAACUUGAUGCGUAUACAGAACCCGAGCCACAAGAAAUCUUUCUUCUUUAUUUGAGUGACAUAACCGGUGGUGCUACACUUGACAAUGUCCAAUCCAACAUCACCAUCACCGUCCUCAAACAUGGCUUCCCCAAUGGCAAGUUCUCAUUCAAAGAUACUUCAGCGAUGGUCGUUACCGAGCCUGACCUCAACCUUACUACUACUAUUCCUCUAACGGUAGAAAGAACAGUAGGUGAUCAAGGAGAAGUGAAGGUUUACUGGCGAACCAUUGGCGCAGGUCCCGAGGAUGUAGCUUCCACCUCAGGUUUCUUGACCUUCCCUCCAAAUAUAAAGGAGAGAUUUCUUAACAUCGAGAUCAAGGGAGAUGACAAACCAGAACUGAAUGAGACAUUUGUGGUCAUGCUGUAUAGAGUUGAUGGCGGAGGAGACUUGAUUCCUAGCAAGCAAAAUAUCACUAUUACAAUAAGAGCCAAUGACGAUCCUCAUGGAGUAUUCAAGCUUAAGUCAGGUGCUCAGGGGAUACUUGUGUCUUCCUCAUCAAGAAAAUUAAACAUUACAAUUCAGCGUGACCGUGGAACCUUUGGUGACGUGACUAUUGAUUACAGUGUCACGUACUCCUCGUGGUAUCCUGGCAAUCUUGGUGGGUCAGUCACGGUUCCUGAUGGUAAAACAGAGGUGAGUACACACGUAGCGCUGUCAGCAUUUCUAGCUGUCGGAUCUUCUUUCAAGAUUACACUGACUAAAGCACGAUACACCAGCAGUCAAGGUCUUGAUUCAGCGUUCUUACGGCCACGGCUGUCGUCCACGGACUUCCAAGCAACCAUUCCCGUACCAGAAACGGCAGCUAACGGGCUGUUCAGUUUUGCAGCCGGCUCAACAAGACUCACCGCAGCAAAUGAUAAUCAAGUUUCAUCGAUCAUGGUUGUACGUCAAGGUCUUUAUGGUAGUGUGACUGUCACGUGGUCUAUGGGCUACCCACCUGACUCUGCUCCACCGGGAUAUACCGCUGGUCGUAUUGAACCAACGACUAAUGACUUGGUUUUUACUCCAAACACGAGAAACAUGACUUUCUCAGUAAAGGCCAUACCAAAAACCUCACCUACCAGUCCACUAGUGUACGCCAUUCAUCUACAAUCAGCUACGUCAUCUGUACCUGGAGGUGCCAAUGUUACAACAUCAUUAUCUAACCGUACCGCGGUCAUUGAAUACAGCGGUGUAGUUGAGUUUGCACCAGAUUCUCGAUCCCAAGUCGUCACCGAGGGUGGACAAGUGAUGUUCAGGCUGGUUCGUUUGUUCAGCAUCUUUGAUAACAUCAAAGUUCGUUACAUGGCACAGGGUGUAACUGCCACGGUCGACAUGGCCGAUGGCGAAUACACAAAGAACUUUACUGUACCAUCACGUGAUAAUGACGUCGCUGAAAGAGACUAUAGCUACUAUAUUAACAUCACAGGAGUCACAGGCGGUCAUUCCCCUCGACUCGGCACCAACACUGCUGCUCUAGUCAACGUUAAAGACAACGACGACGCAAACGGAGUUUUCAGUUUCGAGCCCACUUCAAUGAAAGUUCCAGAGAAUGCAACAUCCGGGAACACGCGGACAGUUGAACUGACCAUUAAGCGCACAGGAGGCACUCUCGGAGCAGUAUCGGUGAUUGUUCGUACUGUGGGUGGUGGUGAACCUUGGGACAAAGACGUCAGUCCAAAGGAACUGAAAGAUGAGCUGGCAAAAAGACCACAAGAUGCUAAUGCUACAGUUGGGAAUGACUACAACAAGCUGGAGAACACGGUCAACUUUGAUAGUGCCUUCCCCUUCCCUGCCGGAGGACAAAGUAAAACCAUUCAGUUAACGAUCCUAGAAGAUUCGGUGCCUGAACCAGACGAGAAGGUGUAUUUAUACCUUACUGGUGCUACUGGAGGAGCAAGGUUGUCAACGAGUAGUGACAACUUACAGUCCUGGGCAGUCGUAACCAUCGAAGGGAAUGAUCUAAUGAACGGCGAGAUUGGCUUCAUAUCAGGAUCUCAGUCAGCCACCAUUGAUGAAGAUGGCGCUGCUACAGCCACCUUGAAGCUCGAGAGAAGAGGAGCCAAAUUUGGGAGAGUUACUGUGUUGUGGCGUGUUCGUGAACCAGACAAGCGCCCACAGGUAGAAGAAUACCAGGGCACUGUGACCUUUGACCGUGAUGUCAUGGAACAAGACCUCGUGAUAACGAUAAAGAAGGAUGACAUACCUGAAUUCAGAUACUCUUUCCACGUUGACCUGGUGAAGCUCCAAAACUCCGUACAAGCCAGAAUAAUACCAUCAGCCAGCUCAGCUGUUAUUACUGUACUUGACAGUGACUACCCGUAUGGUGUGAUCGGCUUCUCAUCCCAGGACCUGUAUAAACCAGUUAACCUUAAGACAACAGAGGUCACCUUAGAAGUCGUUCGUAGCUAUGGCAACACGACUGACGUCACUGUGACGUAUGGUACAGAGAUGGUGCCUGAGAAAUCCACCGAAUCUGGCAUCCCUACGUCACAAGCUGUUGUCAAUCAAGACUAUCAACAGCCAAGCACAAAGACAUUGGGAUUCAAACCAGGGGAGACAAGAAAGACCAUUAGUAUUACCCUGACUCCUGAGACUCCUUCAGACAGUCGCUAUCCAAAGGCAUUCAGGAUCAAGAUCCUCAACGUCACCAACAAGGCUAUUAUCAAUAAGGAGACUAGUCGUGCUAUGGUGAUAAUAUCUAAUGAUGAAGAUACAACGAGAUUCCUUGCCCUCCGUGCCAGAUCAAGACUACCUUUAAAUGAUGAACAUAUUAACGAGACCGGCAAGCAUUACUUCUCCUACCCUUCCAACUUGUACAUCGGCGUUGAUUCCAGUCAAAGCGCUCAGUGCAAUGAUGUGCACUUUAUCGAGUACCAUAGCUCACAUUGGUUUAACGGUGCCGUGCUUAACGACAAGGUGCUUUCCACCUCGUUAAAUGACACCUCRGCCGUGAGCAAAUCGAAAAACCCCAACACAUAUGUAAUCUACUCCAACAACAAACGUGUCACGCCCAAAGGAGCCAAAUGUGUGUAUUGGGACUUUACCAAGUCAGAAUGGUCUACAGCUGGUUGCAGCGUGAAGACUGAUAAAGAAGACUUCGUCGAGUGUCAGUGUAACCACAUGUCGAACUUUGCUGCUCAAGGACAAAGUGAUGACCGCGUUGGAUAUUCUACUUAUUUCUUUGUUGCUUGUUUUGUCUGUAUGGGUGCAUUUGCUUUCGCUCUGUUAUCCCACCACGCAUGUUCAGUGGAUAACCUCUUCUCGGCCAAGCUGUUGAUGCACAUGUUCUUUGCAUGUAUGGCUGCUCAGCUGAUGUAUGUUGUUGGUGCAUACGUAAGCUCUAGUCAGGCGGUCAUCACAGAAGAUCCUCCUGUACGGUGCUCUGUUCUGGGAAUGUUCAUUCAUUACUUCUUCCUCUGCCAGUUCUCAUGGAUGUUCAUUCAGGGAUGGAAUCUGUGGCGUAUUCUUGUUCUUAACGACGAACACACCGACAGGAAAUACGUACUGUUCUUCGUACUUGGAUGGGGUAUCCCGGUGGUCAUCAUAGUACUCUACAUCAUCGUAGCACAAGCAGCCUUUUCUUGGAACCUUCAUCAAAUGUAUGGUGAUGUGCACUUGAAUGGCGAUAUGUGCUUCAUACCCAAUGCCUACGCUGCCUUGAGUUCAGUCGUUGUACCCACGCUACUGUUCCUAAUGUUCGUGGCUGUGGUGUUUACUCAAGCCUACCAGGUCACCAUGCAAUGGAGAUAUUAUGAUGAUAUAUACCGAGGACACUACAAUAUCAARGAGGUACGCAACGUGAUCAUACUGUUCAUAGGUGUAGCCAUCACGUGGUUGUUUGCUGGUCUUCACCUGGCUUACGGCUACCUGUGGAUGAUUAUCUUAUUCGUUAUCCUUGACGUCAUACUGGGUCUCUAUGUUUUCAUCCUCUUCUUCGUAUUACGUAAUCAAGUACGUGGGGUCUUCAAGCAAACCUACGCGUUCAGGGGGGAGCCGCCCCCAAUCCAAACCCACGAUGAUUUCUUCAGAAGUCAGAUGGGAACAGAACACAGUUCAGGCAGCUCGAAAAGAUUCAAGAUGGGACAAUCUCCCGAGAUGCCGAUACGAGAAUCAACGUCAACACAUGGAGGCCAACCGAUUCUACUUAGAAAAACUAAAUUUAGCGAAUGGGAUGAACUUGAUCACGUAGCAACGCCAAGUAGUAACCGCAAGUUGAUGAUCAACAUGGACGAUACUGGUUCUUUUGGUCGAGCAAACGAGACCUUUGAAGACGAGAUGGAAACCCAAGACUUUGAUGACUUGAUCUUUGCAUUGAAGACGGGAGGAAACUUUGACCCAGAACUUGAUGAUGAAAAAGAUCCGUAUGGUCGUGGAGCAGAGCACUUUGAACUAAGAAGAAUAUCCAUACCAGACACACACUUAUAAUCAACUAGAUUUUCCUACUUAAGCACUUGGCUUGGCGUAGCUCCAACUGAAAAAAAAAGAGAAAUGACAAAUACGCAGCUUCUAAAACGAAAAGAACAUAUGACGAUCAUCAACGAAAAAAAGUCAUCCAAAAUGGCGGCGAUGACUUCACAUGCAAGCAAAGAAAUGUGUUAACCAACUAAAUAUAUAUACUUAAUAUUUUGCAGUCGUGAUAAUAGUAUUUGUAAGAAAGCUUCGUAGGCAAUCUAUAUUUUGAUUAUUUCUGAACAAGCAAAAGUUUUCUUAUGAUUAGCAGGCCCGCCAGUACAAGCACAUAAGCAGUGUUUUGGAACAAACGUUAAAAAAAUAUUUUGUAAAGAAAGGAAAGAAAAAUUCCCUCUUCUAGUAUUCGAGCUUUUGCUUGCCCAUGCUCAACGCACUUGUAAGACUUUCAAUUUACAAGAGGAACUGCUGACCAGCCCUCAUAGUGACAGCGGAUUCAUAUGUUUUUGGUUGCUUCCAAAACAGAAAAUUUUCGCUUGCUCCAAAGAAAGUAAACUGAAAACGAGCGCCACCGAAGUUGCUAACUUAGUCACAAUAAAAUAGAUUUCAAUUAGGUAUUUUUUGUAUAAAAAAACUAGAAUAUUAUCGUAAUUUGGCGGCAUAUAUGUUUGUACGAGAUGAAAUCUGAAAUUAUCGCCAUUUUUGUAAGAUUAGCAUUCUUCCUAAUUCUGUAGCUUUUUUAUUGAUAAAUAUCUGUAAUUCGAAUAUUUCUCUGUGCGACAAAUAAGACUGGCAAUAUUCACAGCAUCUGCUGAUCACGUGGUUAUUUCCCGCCCAGUUGAAUGGCCAAAUACUUUAUAACGGGAAACAAGGUUUGAAAACAUCCACGCUAGCCAUCCAACUAGGCGCCACAUGAUCACGUGACAAGCAAGGGCGUACCACCCUUACAUUUUUUAAUGCAAGUGUUUCUUUAAAUGUUGUGUGAUGACUACAUACGAUUGAUAAUAUUUAUAUUUAUUCAUCAAAGGCUACAUUAAGAGUUAAAAUGAAGCAUACAAUUUAAGGUUAUUAAUAUGGAUUGUAUAUUCAAAAGACUUUAUACAAUAAACUACUGUUUUAUUUAC